UGUCACCUCAUAGCUCUAUAUAAGACCGAAAAAGGGCCAGAUGAUAAGAACUCGCUCUCAAGACAAGCCUUGCCAUGCGGUGUAAAGUCCUUGUCCAUGUCGUCCUCCUGACUCUCAUAAAGAAUGUGUCUCCAAGUGAAAUACAGGCCAGCCCAAAUACAAACGCAAUCCUCCCCUGCAACGUGACGUUCCCCCUCUCUGCAACAGGGGACAAAAUAGACAAGUCUCUCAUCCAAGUCAGCUGGAUAAGUAAUGGCUCUGACAUCGCCUCAUUCAGAGAGGGAGUGCCACAGAUAAAGCCAGGCUUCAGUUGGGACACCACUGAUUUCGUCAACGGGGACUUUUCACUGACCGUCCUCAGAGCCGCUCUCGACCUGCAGGGGGUGUAUGAAUGCACAGUCAGCUACAACUCCACAGCCGUGCACUCCAGCAACGUUACAUUUAGUAUCCUUGCCUCCCCCACUCUCUCUGUCCCUCAGCAGUGGAUGGUGUUAGAAACAGAGAGUCAUCUCAAAUGCCAUGCAGAUGCUUUCUAUCCUCCUCCUGUCUUCUUCUCCUGGACCAGAGAUGGGCAAGUGAUUCAACCUCCCUACAUCGUUGAAGGUGAACAGACUUCAGAUGGGUACUACAUGGCUGUGGGCAACCUGACCUUCUACCCUUCACGCGAGGACCAGAAUGCAACCUUUGGCUGCAAAGUGUCACACAAUGGCAGCGACCGCAAGCUUGAUUUCAUGCUUAAUAUCACCUAUCUCCCUUCUGUGAGACUUUCUGUCGUUCCCUCGCACUCCAACAACAUUCCUCUCACUCUUUACUGUGACAUGGAGAAUUUCUACCCAGAGGAAGUGUCUGUGUCCUGGCUUCAAAAUGGCACAGUCCUCCCUGAGCCCCUCGCCACCGAGCAGAACCCAGAUGGGACCUAUAGAAGUAGACGCUACUAUACUUUGAGUCCCAAGCAGAGGGAGCAAGGUGGGAAGGUGGAGUGUGCAGUUAACCAACCGGGGGUAAUGCAUCCAGUCAGCGGCUCAGCGUACCUAGAGAAACUGGACCCUCGAGAUGAAGCUCCAGUGUUGACUAAAUCAGCCAAAGCAUCCGUGGCCAUGAUGUGUAUUUCUAUUGUACUGGUCUUCCUGCUCUGCUUUGGCUUUUCUUGGAGGAGAAGAGAUGAGAAACAGAAGUCCCUGAAUGUGUCGGGGAUCAUCCUCCCGCCACGCGUGAUCGUAGGUCAAAAGGGCAGGGUGACAGUGAGCAUUGAGGGCAGGAGGGUGGACCGAGUCCAGACUGCAUGGUUCCUCAAUGACACUCCUAUCUCUGACACUUCACUCACAGUGUCGGAGAAAGGCCCUCUGCUGUCCUCCAGAGGCCAGAUGGGUUACUACAAGCUGCACACUCAGGGGCCGUUGCAUUCAUCUGGAAGUGGCAUUCAACAGCUGACCUCCUCCCUCACCUUCAUCCCCCAGAUUUCAACCCACAAGGGGGCGGUGUUUAAGUGUCAGGUGUCCUACAUGGGCAAAGAUAAGAUCGUGGUGGAGAGAGUGUCAGAGAAGUUUACCAUCCUGUCUGCUCCGGAGGUAUCAGAAAUCCAGCUUGCAGAGACACCAAGUGACUCAGAUGUCAUCAGCAUGACCGUCCGGGCGUCACAUUUCCAUCCGGACGUCAUUACCUUCCGCUGGUUCUGCCAGGGGAGCGAGCUGAGCCCUGUGGCCUCCCAGGCCUCGUCCUCGCCUCGACCCAACUCUGAAGGCUUCUUCUCAGCCUUCAGCCAGUGUAAGCUGCCCCGCAGUGAACUGGAGAAGGGUGGCACUAAAGUGUGGGUCAGUGUUCACCACAUCGCCCUGAAGCAGCCCGUCACCCGCGAGACCAGAGGAUUCAUCAAGAGGCCGUGUGUGUCCGAAAUCGUCGGCUCCACUUCCUCCCCAGACCAGACUUUGACCCUUGGAUGUGAGAUCACAGAUUUCUACCCUCCGAAUGUGUCAGUCACCUGGCUGAGGCUGAGGGAGGGAGAGCAGGAUGACAGAGAGGAGGAGGUGUUAGAGGGAGGAGAGAUGUGGGGCCCCGUACAGACUCAGCCCGGACUCUACAGGGCCACGGCCAUUCUGAGGAGAAAGGCAGUGAAUCAGGAGAAGAAGGAAAGAGGAGGGAUUAUCUGUAGAGUGGAGCACUGUUCCCUACAUGAGCCUAUGGAGAAACACUGGAGAUAUGUUGACAUCGCUGCUCCGUCCAUUCCUCCAUCGCUCUCUGUCUGUUGGAGCAGUGAAGGCGUUGGUGUCUUCUCUCUCCUGUUGAAGGGAGGUCACCCUAAGGUCAAAUUACUCUGGGCAGCAGGAGGACACACUCUCUCACCACUGGUGUCCAACGAGACAGAGGAGAUAGGAGACGACGGGCAGAGGGAGCUGAAAAGUGUGUGUGCCUUGGAGAGAUCCACGAACCUGCCACAUCAGACUAACAAGCAGCUGGAGAGACGGAAGAAUGGCGACGCCAUAAAAACAAAAGCAGCCGUCACAGACCCCCACACUGAAGGCAUCGAAUACAUCGACGAACACGUGGACGGAGAGAAUAACAACAUUGACAGGGACGAGGAGACAAAGUCAGACUUGGAUGAAGACAGUGACAAAGAAAGAGACGAAGACCCGGGAGCGCUGCACAUCAACAGAGUGAACUUGAGGAAGGGCCCCAGAGAGAACGAGAGAGCACGUUUGAGAGUGUGCGUGGAGAUCACACACCCCACGCUCAAGCUUCCUGUUUAUCGGACCUGGACAGAGCCCAAUGAGGAAAUUUCAUCUUCCGCAUGACAGCCCUGAUGUGUGCAAGAGUGCCACUGUAUUUCAUAUAUCCCAUAUAAUAUAUCUAAUAUAUAUCUUUAUAGUAGUAGCCAAGGUAGUCUUUGAUGAUGUGGAUUUGCAUCCACUAUGUUUGGUUUUUAUUUAUUACCUUUUAUUCUUAAUCUGUCACCCAUCUCCUUUUUCCAACCUCAUGAUUUUUUACAAAUGUUCAUAUUUUUGUACGAAUAAUUUUACAAUAAUAAUCCGGUUCUUUUUCCUCAAUCUGCUUUGGAGAAUAAAAUCUAAUUUUUUUUGAAGAGAUGUUUCUUUGUAUUUUGUUUUUCUCUGUGAAGACGAGUCAACAGGCAGAGUUACUGUAGUUCUCUUCUGUUCAGUGUUCUCAUAUCUGCUGUUGGUCAACCGCUGAAAGAAGUUCUCAUUUUAAAAUACACUUCUGUUUUUUUCUCUGUUGCACUCCGACCACAGAGAAUGUCACUUCACUGUGCUGAGCGGACGAGGUGCUGCGUGCUUGAACUGUGAAAUUAAGAUGUUGUUUAGUUUAGAACUUCCUUCUUAUUCAGCGAGUAUGUCGACCACGGCUGCAAACAUGCAUGUUGUAAAAUACAGUUUUUAUUCCUUGUAUAUGAAAUAAGAUUUGUGUAUUUUGUGUUCUGCAAAAUUCUACCAGCUUCCACAGAUACUGUCUAUGUGAUACUUUUUAGUAUACACACACUGGCCACUU